ACUUAGCGUCUGCGAAGAAGAAGAAACCACAGAAGAAGAACAGAAAACGAACGACGUUUGAAUUGUUAUCAGGUUACACUUCUCAGAUAUUUGUUAAUUUGUUACAUGUUUCAAAGAUCUUAACCGACAUUAUCAGAACGCGAGAGUUGGGCUUUGGCUCCCUAACGAAACACAGCUUCAUCUUAACGCAAACAUGCUAUUAAACGCUUCACAUUCCUGCAUGUGCUGGCUAACGUGUUAGCAACAGCGCUAACGUGAUUCACUGCGCCAAUAUUCACCACUUCACCGCCUCUUUGUCCCCUCCUUCUUUCCUUCCUUUGGGAAUAAGUUGCAUUUUAAAGCACCAUGUCCAAAAGGAAAGUUACGUUUGCGGAUGGUGACGGGGAGGUGGGCUUGGAGGAUGAGGUCCCGAACAAGAAGACUUGUGAGGUGGUGAGUGGACCUGGCUCCAGAUUCAAGGGCAAACAUUCCCUGGACAGCGAUGAAGAGGAUGACGGGGAGGACACGGAAAGCAGCAAAUAUGAUAUUUUGGCCAACGAUGAUGUUGACGGUCAAGAGAACGCGACGAUUGACUUUGACGAGGGGGUCUCCAUCACGCCUUUCAACCUGGAGGAGGAGAUGGAGGAGGGUCACUUUGACUCAGAGGGAAACUACUUCAUCAAAAAAGAGCAACAGAUUCGAGACAACUGGCUGGACAACAUCGACUGGGUAAUUGCCUUGCAAAGAGCUUUCAGUGUUUCCCACAGGACUGCAAUGUACAAGUGGCGGGGGUGGUGACGUAAUAGUCUAAGCAAAAAGUGAGUAAAAAAAACAAACACAAAAAGCCAUACAAAUAUGUUUAAGACUAUAAACAAGACAGAGCCACCUGUGGGCCCACAGCAGCACUUGCUAAUUGUUGAGAAGAGCGAUAUGUGCUUUCAUGUCAGUUGCCAAAAGUCUCACUAGAUUUGAGUAGCUUUAAAAAAAAAAAAAAAAUGUAAAGAGUAUCUAGAGGUACUCAUUUCAAGUUGUCAACACUGAUCCCUCCUGCUACAUGUUCUUAUUCUCUGGCAGACCGGGUGCGUUAUAAUGCGUUUCUGAACGAGGCCAAACCGGUUGCGGCAAAUGUAUUUGUGGCGGUCCAAAUGUAUUUGUGGCAGGCCACAAAUGUAUGGGAAACGCUGCCUUUUCUGUGGAGAAAUGUGCUGCAAUAACCCCCCCCACCACCACCCCAUU